GUGUUCGGAGAGGGCGUGGGAGGGAUAUAUUUGCGAAUUCAUUUGCAUACGUGAGCUGACGCCAGAGGCCAACGUAAAGGGCGGGGCGCGCGGAGCGUGCCGGCGUCAGCGCGCUCGACAUUGGCGGGCCGCUCCGCGCGGGGGCCGCUGGGAGCGCCAGGAUGGUGGCCGGCGCCUUCCCGAUCGCCAAGUUGCUCUACCUGGGCGUCCGGCAGCUCUCGAAGCCCCUGGCGGCACGCAUCAAGGACGGGGCGCGCGCCAGCCCCUUCUUCCGCCAUUAUAUCUGCGGUCCUCCCGCGCAGAUCUACCACUGGGUGGAGAUGCGGGCCAAGAUGAGGAUCAUGGGCUUCCGGGGCGCCGCCAUCAAGCCCCUGAACGAGGAGGCGGCUGCAGAACUGGGCGCCGAGCUGCUGGGCGAGGCCAUCGUCUUUGGGGUGGGGGGGCUGUGCAUCUUCCUGGAAUACUCGCGCCAGAGCACCAACACCAAAAAGAAGGAGGAGGAGCUGAACAGCACCUUGCUGGGCCUGCAGGAGCAGGUGAUGGAGCUCAGCUUGACUGUGGAGACCUUGGACGCCCGGCUGCGGGAGAUGAACCGGGUGCUGGUGGAGGUCUCCACCGCCCCCAAGAAGUAGCAACCUGCCGCCCCUCAGGACGGCGAGGGUGGGGCACUUCCUGGGUAGUCUCCCAGGCUGGAUCCAGACUGCCAGGGGAGUGGUCGGCGUUCCUUCACAGGCAGGAAGGUUAGGAUUUGGGGUGCUGGGAUGUGCACCCCAACCGAGUGGCUUGGCAUUUGCGUAGAAUGUAAAUAUUGGAUCGAUUAAAAAAGCAACAGAAAGAG